AUGCCGUCACCAAGGGACCCCACUUGCGAUGAAUCAGCAAGCCUGCUUCAAGAACCAGAAGGCUCAGCACAGUCAAAUUUGGUUAAAGAACCGGUUUACCCCCGUUGGAUUAUUACAGUCGUGCUGUUAUGCGGCGGCGCGGUUCUUUUCGACCUUUCUAACAAUCUGGGUGAGGUCGCCGAGGUCGCUAUCUUGGAAGACAUAGUGUGCCGAGAUUAUUAUGCCAAGUCUGCUGUAAACACUAUGCUUUCUGCUGCAGAAAGAUGCAAGAUUGAGCCUAUUCAGACGGAGAUUGCCUUGUUGAACGGCUGGAGGGAAACGUUCGAGACUAUUCCUGCAAUACUUCUGGCGGUGCCUUAUGGGAUGCUAGCGGACUGGAUUGGAUACAGGCCGGUCGCUUUGUUGGCCUUCUUUGGCAGUGUCAUGGGCUCCAACUGGAGCAGAGUGGUUUUCUGGUUUUACCCCACAUUACCCACUCGUGCUCUUUGGUUCUCUGCCCUAUGGCAGAUUUUAGGGGGAGGACCGCAGGUCGCAACGUCCUUGAUUUUCUCGGCUGUCGCUAGUAUCACCCCUGCUAAAAAGAGAACGACUGUUUUCUCCCAAAUGACAGCGGUUAUAUUGGCUACAGAGCUGAUUGCACCCCCGGUUGGUGCGGCGCUAAUGACAAGAAACCCUUGGAUACCGUUCCUCGCGUCCUCUGUGAUUGCCGCAAUUUCAGUUAUUUGGGGAGUGUUGUUUUUCCCUGCAAUCCAAAACCAGACCGAGUCAUCUUCUACCUCAUGCCACGAGCAGCGGCCAGUUCGUACCUGGUAUGUCUCUGAAAGAAUCCGAGAACUCUAUGAGCAGCUCUCGCGGAAUAAGAAUGCGGCACUUGUUGUUGUCUCUUUCUUUGUCAUACUUGUAGGAACACACGCCUUUGGACUGCUGCUGCAGUAUAUCUCUAAAAGGUUCCAUGUAUCAUAUGCCGAGGCGUCAUACGUCCUACCACUUCGUGCUAGUUCUAACCUGAUAUCUUUAUUUAUUCUACUUCCCGCCGUGACCGACUUUCUUGAUCGCAAACAUGGAUGGGAGAUGGCCAGGAGAGACAAAAUACUUACCCAGGUCAACGCACUGUUGAUGCUUCUGGGUUGUCUAUUUAUUUUUGUGGCACCAAAUUUAAUCUUGCUGAGUCUUGGAGUUGUGGUGUUUGGUUUAGGAUCGUCGUUUUCUGUCACGGCGAGAACAUUGGUAACUUCCCUCGUUGAGCCAACAUCAUUGAGCACAAUCUACACACUUCUCAGUGUGAUGAGCUCGAUUGGAUCGCUAGUGGCAGGGCCACUGCUGGCAGGGGUGUACCAUCUGGGGAUGGUCCUCGGUGACAAAUGGCUCGGUCUUCCUUUUUUAUUUGCAGCGGCAUUAUACGGACUUGCCCUGGUCGCUAUAUCUGCUGUGAGGGUUACUCCAACUACGGCAUGAUUGAACGGAAACUAUUAGGUAUAUUCGCGACUUACAAGCUUAGAAGAGC